AUGAGUUAUGCACUGUAUGUCCGAGCGAAAAAUGGUCAAAAUGUAGCAAACGAUGCUUCACAAUUAUUCCAGAAAACUGGAUUUAACAAACUUAGUUUAGAAGCAUUAGGAUGGUUGUUGAUAGCAUUGUCAACAGAUACGAAUAAUGCUAAAAAACCGACCAUUGAAACCAUUUACAAACAUCUCAAAGGAAAGGUAAGUGAAACAAGUGAAACAGCUAAUUUUACUACAUCAUAUGGUGAUGAUGGUCAAUCGGUCAUGUUACAUUCGGAUCGACGAACAGAUGCUAUAUUAUUGGAAUCAUUAUUAUACAUUGAUCCCAAUUCAACUCUAUGUACUAAAUUAUGUAAAGGUUUACAAGCACAUAAAGUGAAGGGUGCAUGGAAAUCUACACAGGAAAAUUGCUUCGUAUUAAUUGCAUUGGAUAAAUAUUUUCAUAUCAAAGAAAAAGAAACACCAGAUUUUGUUGCUAACAUUUGGCUUGACAACGAUUAUUGUGGUCAACAUCGCUAUACAGGUCAAACAACAAAUACACAUGUAGUCAAUAUCCCAAUGAAAGCAAUUUUGUCGCCAUCAUCGAAUGCAGAUGAUAAUAAUAAGAAUCUUAUCUUGCAUAAAGAGGGUAGUGGUCGAUUAUAUUAUCGUAUUGGAUUGAACUAUGCUCCAUCAAACCUACAUUUGAAUGCGGUUAACUUUGGUUUUAAAGUUGAACGAACAUACAUAGCCGUCGAUGAUUCAUCACAUGUUAAGAAACAAUCGGAUGGUACAUGGAAAUUCAAAUUAAAUGAGAAAAUCAAAGUCAUAUUGACCAUGAUAACAACGCAACGACGAUAUCAUAUAGCAUUAGUUGAUUAUUUACCGGCUGGUUGUGAACCAUUAAAUACAAAAUUAAAAGGAACAAUUACUGGAGAUACAGAAUCAUCAGUAUCAAGAUCAAAAAGAGAUGUUUUCUGUUGUGGACUUCGACCAAAUUCCACUAUUGGUUGGCCUGAUCAUGAGAAUUUGAGAGAUGAACGUGCCGAAGCAUUCCGAUCAUUAUUAUGGCCUGGUGCGUAUGAAUGGAGUUAUGUAUUGCGUGCAACAUGUGCUGGAACAUUUAUCGUUCCACCAGCAAAAGCUGAAGAAAUGUAUUCACCGGAAAACUUUGGUCGAUGCGCAACAGAAAAAGUCAUAAUUGACUAA